AUGUGUUGGAUAGUUGGUCGGUAUUUGCAAUGUCUUUGCAUGAUUUGGAAAAGGUUUCAGGUUCUUCACAUCACUUCGCAAGAGGAUGAAGAUUUAGAAGAUGGAGAAAUAGCUUCGGACGAAGAAGAACAACCGACGACGACGACGACGACAAGCGGCGGCGUCGUGAAAAAAGAAGAUGGAAACGUCGAGAAAAAACCGGAUGUCGUUUCGCCGGAAAAACAAAUUUCCAAGAGCAUCGGUCAAACGUCGCAUCAGAGCGGAGAAGAUAACGAUUUCGAAAAGGAUUUGCAAAAGUUGAAAGAGGAUGUCGAGAGGAAGAAAAUAAGGAAAGACGCGAGGAAACGUCGGGAAAAUGAAAGGGCGAAUUGCAAGAGGAGAAAGCAAAGGUCUUCGGACGAGGGUAAAAGCAAUAGGAAGGAAAAGAAGAGAAAAGGAGAGGGAGGGAGCGGUGGUAAGGGAGAUGAUAAAACGGAAGACGAAGAGGUCGACGACGACGAAAUGCUAGGACUGUGCAUAAGGGGAGCGAGUCCGAUAAAUUUGGACGAGAUUGAAGUUUGGUCGGGUAAACAACCCAUACUCGAUCCGAAUUGGCAUUUAAAUGAGAAUUCCGACAACGAUUCGGAUUUCGACGAUAGGGAUGAUAGGAAAAGGAGGAGGAGGGAAAAGGAUAGGAGGGGUUUCAAUAAGGGAAUAUCGAGGGAAGAUAGGGAAAUUAAAAAAAGGUUACAAAUGAAAAGGAAAGGGAAGAGUAGAAAAGCGACGGAUAAUUCAGACAUGAUAUGCAUUAAUUUCAUGAAAGGAAAUUGCAACAAAGGAAGCGAAUGUUUUUAUUCUCACGCGGUUUGUCCGCCGAAAAAAAUGGAAUUGUGUAAAUUUUACCUAAUGGACUGCUGUGCCAAACGUGACAAAUGUUUAUACCUUCACGAGGAAUUUCCCUGCAAGUUUUUCCACACAGGUCUCAAAUGUUAUUCUGGAAAAAAAUGUAAAUUUAGCCACGAUCCACUAAAUAGUCUUUCCAAAGAUAUAUUACUUAAGCAUUUAGAAACUGCACCCAAGGAAAUCUUGGGUGACUUUCCAAGGUUGAGUCGGGAUUGUGCGGAAACGAUGGUGAACAAUAAGACGACGGGGAAACCCACGGACACGUCGAAAAUCCCGAGUUUGUUCGAUAUUCAAGUGUCCAUUCCUCUUGAAUUUCAAAAUGCUGGUGAUAAAAUCGAAGAACGCACUACGCCUCCAUGUUCGCCUCCGCCAAAUUUAAAAUCAUCUCCCAAAACGAAAUCCAAAGAGGUUUUAAAAUUCUACGAAGAAGCCCAAGAAACAAAUGAGAGCGAAAGGGAACGUAAAACGGGGAGCCCCAUAGAUUUUGCAAAAGAGUUGGAAGCGUAUAAAAAUAAACAAAUGCAAAAUAAAGGAACCGACGAGUCGUCGUCCGUGAAAAAAUCCGAACGGGAUGAACGGGAAGGAAAUGAGAAAAAUCAAAAUCACGAAAGUUCAUCAUCGUCAUCAUCAUCAUCACAUCAUCAUCCGGGAGGAGGAGGAACGACAAAUCAAAGCAAUAUCACUAAAGAUUCUACCAAAAGCGAUCACGAAGAACACAAAAGGCGAAAAAAAUGGGAUUCAACUGACGGGGAAUCGGACGAAAAAGAAUCGAAAAGAAAAAAGAGAAAACACGACGAUCGAAAAGAUAGAAAGGGGAAAAGAAAAGGGGAAGAGGAAGAUGGUUCGAAUGGGGGGGACGGCGGGAAGAAAUGCAAGAGAGAAAAAAGAUUAUCGAAGAAAAAUUCAGAUAAGAGUGACAAGUCGGACAGGAAUCCAGCUCGUCUCUCCGAAGAUGGUACCUUUGGCGGAAUCAAAUUUAAAAUAAUCAACAGGAAAGAAAUUCGAAAAAGUUCGGAUUCUGAGAAGGAUCUUUUGCUUCCUAUGAAAAUAGAAAAACCUAACGAAUUUUUAUCGUCGGACGAUGAAAAACCUUUGAAUUACUUUGUCAAAAAAGAAAAGAAAGAAUUUGUCGAUGAUAGAGGGUAUGACGAGGGGGAAAAAUUCGGCGUGGAAAUAAAACAGGAGGGAGAAGAUGAAACGGACGAAAACGAAUUGGAAAAUCCUUUAAUUAUUGAAACAAACGAUGAACCUGAAGAAGAAGAGAAACCCGAAGAACCUGCCGUUCCGAAGCAUUUGCCUAAAAAACAACAGGAAUUAUUUUUACGAAUUCAGGUUCAAAAUCAAAAAAUACGAGAGGAUAACGAUAAGAAAAAAGAAAUGGCGGCGGCAUCUAGAGAAAGGAAAAAUUCGAUGGGAAGCGGCGGUAGCGGUAGCGAAGCGGAAGUGGGUAAAACUCCAUCACCGGAACCUGCCGAUGAAAAUUGGUACAGUUCCGACGAUGAGGAUGUCGUUAAGAAAGAAAGUCCUUUGAAAACCGUAUUAAAAACAUUAGAAGGCGAAAAGAAACCGGAAGUUUUAGAGAGUGGAUCUAUGAAAGAAAGUAAUCCUCCGAUAUUGGGUCCGAUUCCUCCUUCCGUUCUUCCAAAACCAAAGAUCGAUAUUCCGGCAUUGAACGGACCCGAUUUAUCAAAAAUUAAUAUCACGGAAUUAUUAUCGAGCAUUCGUCAGGUGACGAAUAAAAAGAGUCAAAGCGGCGGGGGAGGAGGAAACGCAACAACAAUAAAACCUUCCAUUGUUCCUCCGUCAUCGACGUACGAGCCUCCGAAACCGGAAAACACGAUCAAAAUAAAUUAUUUCAAUUCGGAACCGGAGAAAAAGGAAAUCAAAGAUCCCAGGUUGAGGGAUCCUAGAAUACAUUCGGAAAAUAAGGUGGCGGCCGCGGCCGCGAGGAGGAACAGCGAUGAAAAACUCGGUAAAAGUAUUUACGAUAGUGCUAAUUUUAAAGUGGAAACGCAAGAUUCGGAUUUAAGGUUUCAUUCGAAAUACGAUUCCGACGAACGCGUCAUGAAUUUAGAUUCGAUUGUUCCGUUCGGUGACGUCGAUUUGAGGACCUUGAAUCAAAGUCAGAGUGAGGGACAAUCGACGGACGGUGAUUUCGACAUGAGAAAAUUCGGUCUUCCUUUCAAACCCAUACCCGUUCAUUCCGCGGCCACGGAAAUAGACGCGAGUUUAAAUUCUCAUCCUCCGAUCAAUUACAAAGUCGAAACGAUACUUAUUCCCCGCCCGGAUUUUAGUUCGAUAAAAGUUAAUCCAACGGAUCCACAGGUGAAAAGAGAUCCACGUUUGAGAAGGCUGUUUAGAAUUAAUUCGUCGGAUAGCGAGUCCAAGGAAGAGCAACCCAAAAAAUCCGGAUUGCCAACGGAUCCGAGACAGAGAAAACAAGCAAUAGCGGAUACGCCGAAAUCCCCGACGGAAUUACCAUUUUCGCCGAAACAAAGCGAACCCCUCCUCGGAAAUCAAGCAAUACUAAAUACAAAUUUAUUAUUAUUGGCUCAGUUUGGGUUGUCCGCAGCCGCGGCGGGCACAAACGUUUUCGAUCCGAGAAUUCAGCAAUUGUUGAAUAAAACGCCCCACGAAUUGGAAAUGUUGAGGAAUCAAUUGUCGAAUAUAAAAACUCAAUCGGAUUUCGACAUACUUAGAAAUCAAUUAAUGGGUAACGAAAAUCAAGAAAUGAUUCGGCCGCAGGGUCAAGGUCUUUUACCCACUCCCAUGGGCGCUUCGGGAAUGGGAAUUCUCGGACCGGCUCCGGGAUUCAUGAUGCCCGGUCUCACGGGAAUGCCCGAUCCUUCCGUCAUGAUGGGACCCAUGGGACCCAUGCCGCAAAAUCCUAUGGGAUUCGAUCCGCGAUUUUCGGCGGGCGGUAACGACGACGACCACUUGAACGAGGGAGGAGACAUGCGACACUUUAACCGGGGUUUUAGAAACGACAGGAGAGGUCGGGGAAAUUGGAGAAAUAACAGAGAUAGAAAUUGGGAUAGGGAUAACAGGAGGCAUAAUAAACGGGAUGAUAGAGAUAGAAACAGGCAUAAUAAUCGUGAUAGAGAUGAUAGAAGAGAGAGAAAACGACAAGUGCGUACGCGUUAG